CUUGCAGGGAACAGGAGCUGCGUUCAAGACCCGGACUGUACACAUACAUCAGCGAUGGGAGUAAGGAAUUAUGUUCACUGUAUAUCGCCGCUCCACUGGAUCACGUCAUCGAGCUGGAGUUUACCAUUUUGGAUAUGGACUGUGAUUCUGAGAGCUUCCUCUGGAUUUUUGACGGAUGGGAGCUGGAUGAUGAGAUUUUUCCGUCCACCACCGAUCAUCCAGACCCCCUAUCCAAGAGAUACAUCUCCGUGUGUGACCGCCUUAACCUCAAUUCCAAGUACCUCACAAAACAAAACAUCGCGCAGUUUCAGUUCGUCGUCGCUAAAGUGGGUCAAGCUUUUCAGGUCACGGUCAAUUUCAGAAUCAACUAUGAAC